UCAAAGUUUUCGAGUGACGUCUCUGUCGCCGAUUGGCUGCAUUUCGGGGUAUGCAAAUGAGGGCGUGAGGAGGGUGGGCUUGUGGAGACGAGUAGGUGACGUCAGUUCCCCCGUUCGCACAGAGCGAAACAAACAUGGCGAUAGACUCGAGUGGACUGGGGUUUACGCUAACUUUAUUCGUCUUUUCUUGUGUUUUUGCGGGCAGGCAAGCCGAGGCGGCGGUUUCGGAGCCGAGGGGCGUCACUCGGAUACUCGGCAUGAGGCUGGAGAAGAGCGACACGCCGGCCGGGACCACGGAGAGAGGGGUUAUUCAGGUGACCGAGGGCAGCGACAUCCUCUUCAGGUUCUACGGGCUCCACUUGUUUCCAAACAGCUCGGCGCUCAUCAGGUUUACGGAAUUGUACUCCAGUGAUAAAGAGGAUGAUGACUUCGGCACUAAAGACGACUCCAAUAGGACUUGUUCCGAGCACACAAAGGAUAUUGUAGUGAAGGGGGGCAUGGAGGUAAACAGCCACAACACCUCCGGGCUGGUCAGCCUCCGGAUCAAACAGCUCCGCAAGAGCGAGGUCGUGAAGGUGUUCGGCUUGUGCGUCCGCGACAUCCAGGAGGAGGAGGAGAGGUGGUACCUGCUGGACGACAAAGACGGCAGACUGCGCGUGGUGGAGGAGAAGAAGUCCCUGCUGCCCAUCUGGCUGCAGGUGAUCCUCAUCUCCUUCCUGCUGGUGCUGUCCGGCAUGUUCAGCGGGCUCAACCUGGGGCUGAUGGCGCUGGACCCGAUGGAGCUCCGCAUCGUGCAGAGCUGCGGCACCGAGAAGGAGAAGAAGUACGCGCGGAAGAUCGAGCCCAUCCGCAGGAAGGGAAACUACCUGCUGUGCUCGCUGCUUCUCGGAAACGUCCUGGUCAACACCACCCUCACCAUCCUCCUGGACGACCUCACCAACUCCGGGGUCGGCGCCGUGGUCGCCUCCACCAUCGGGAUCGUGAUUUUUGGAGAGAUCGUCCCCCAGGCGCUGUGCUCUCGGCACGGUCUGGCAGUCGGGGCGAACACAAUCAUGGUCACCAAGUUGUUCAUGCUGUUGACUUUCCCUCUGUCGUGGCCCAUCAGCAAAAUCCUGGACUGCGUCCUGGGCCAGGAGAUCGGUACCGUGUACAACCGGGAGAAGCUGGUGGAGAUGCUGAAAGUCACCGAGCCCUACAACGACCUGGUCAAAGAGGAGCUCAACAUGAUCCAAGGAGCGCUGGAGCUCAGGACCAAAACGGUGGAGGAUGUCAUGACGCCGCUCAGCAACUGCUUCAUGAUCCACAGCGACGCCGUGUUAGACUUCAACACCAUGUCCGAGAUCAUGGAGAGCGGAUACACGAGGAUACCCGUGUACGAGGACGAGCGGUCCAACAUCGUGGACAUCCUGUUCGUCAAGGACCUGGCCUUCGUGGACCCGGACGACUGCACCACCCUGAAGACCAUCACCAAGUUCUACAACCACCCGGUCCACUUUGUCUUCCAUGACACCAAACUGGACUCCAUGUUGGAGGAGUUCAAGAAAGGAAAAUCCCACCUGGCCAUCGUUCAGAAGGUGAACAACGAGGGGGAGGGAGAUCCGUUCUACGAAGUGUUGGGGCUGGUCACCCUCGAAGACGUGAUCGAGGAGAUAAUUAAAUCGGAGAUUCUGGAUGAAUCGGAUCUUUACACUGACAACCGCACCAGGAAAAAGGUGGCGCCCAACAAGAAUAAGAGAGACUUCUCAGCCUUCAAGCACGAGAGUGAAUCAAAAGUGAAGAUCUCUCCUCAGCUGCUGCUCGCUGCUCAUCGCUUCCUGGCUACAGAGGUGAGUUUGUUCAGCCCGUCUCAGAUCUCGGACAAGGUGCUGCUGCGAAUCCUGCGCCAUCCCGACGUGAUCCAGGAGAUCAAGUUCAGCGACAGCGACAAGCGCUCGCACCAUCACUACGUCUACCAGAGGGGCAAGCCUGUCGACUACUUCGUCCUCAUUCUGCAGGGCCGAGUGGAAGUGGAGGCCGGCAAUGAGAACAUGAAGUUUGAGACUGGACCUUUCUCUUACUACGGCGUCAUGGCGCUCAGUGCUCCCACAUUGGUGGCUGCACCCCGUCCUCGCCACCUCUCCUUUAAGAGGUUUUCUCUGUUCUCUCGGUUGCCAGGUAAAACAGUUUCCUAUGACUCACUGAGGCCCCCUGCUGCUGGAAGACUCACGCCUACUGAAUUUCGUUCGCCAUCGCACCUCAGCGGGUUGAACCGAACGGCGUCUCUGAGCGGAGCGGACCGGACCGAGUCUCUCUCCGUCAGUGGCAGCAACAGCCAGCUCAACAACAGCAUCCCCUUGCAGCAGUACAUACCCGACUUCUACGUCCGAGCCCUCUCUGACCUGCAGUUUGUCAAGAUCACGCGGGCUCAGUACCAGAACGGCCUGAUGGCGUCUCGUCUGGACAGCACGCCUCAGUCCCCGGAGAGCGGCCACAACACGGCCCGUCUGGAUCAGACCACUCCCCCCGCCACCGCCAACACCACCAUCACGGACCUGGGCGCGGACUCCACCCCGACGGAGAACGGGCCGGACGAGACGACGCUCCUCCUCCUCAACGAGCAGAACUCGCCGCACACAGCCAACCACCACAGCCAGCUGGAAAACAGCAUCUGACCCCCACCCACCCUCCUACCUUCAAAUCCUCCAUACGCCUACGUUUGCACGCAUGCACUACUACGCUCGGAUGUAUGAUGGGGAGGGGAGGAGUGUGUGUGUGUCUGUGUGUGUUUGUGUGAGUGAAUGGGCAUGCAGACACAUGCCAGGCCCAAAGAGACAAGCCAUGUGCGCGUUAAUCAAAACACACAUACACGCAGACAUACCAAAGUGUAUUGUGGGAACUUGCCUCAUCCACUUUGCCAUCGUAAAUAGACUGACCACAAACACAAAGCUAGCUGGUUGAAAGCAAGGAAUAUCUGCAUGUAUGUGUGUGUAUGUGUGUGUGUGCACACACAUGCUCCCACGUAUUAACUGAGGACAAAGAUCUGGAGGACCUGCUCGUCUGGACCAGGAAGUUCCUCCCUCCCUCGCCCCUUCAACCUAAUCGGCGUUCAGAGGCCUUGCCGAUUUCGCAAGUUUCCUCCUCCUGUGUGUGUGUGUGUGUGUGUGUGUGGUGGUGUGUUUUUAAGUGUGUGUGUGUGUUGCUUCCACUUCACUGUCCCCUAAUCAGAGACUCAGGGAGACUCCGACCCCUCCACCCACCACCACAUACAUGCAAGCGCCAUCGAAAGCUGCAAACCAACCCCACCGCAGCAUGUGUAGCACCCUGUACCCCCCACCCCUCCUCCACCCCCAUCCAUACAGCUAGAAGACAAAGACGACCCGAGCAUGUCAGCAAACAAAGUAAUAUAUGUUCCGUAGAAAUUUAUAGUGAGAUAUUUAUUGAUAAAUUCUGUGUGAGACGGACACACAAGACUCCUACUGACUCAUUCUUUUUCUUUUUUUGGCAGGGGGAAGGGGAGGGUUUGGGGUGGUUUUAUACACACAGACCUUUGACAAAUUAAAGGAAAAAAAAAACUUAAAAAAGAAUUCAGCAGAUAAUCAGUAUAAAAAUGGUAUGAAUCACAGUUACCAGAUCCCAACAUGACUCGACAAUAAAGAUUUAUGACUGCCAUCGUCAAAACACCAAACGAGGGAAUAUCUUUUGAAAGACCAGAGUUCAGAGACUUGAGGUGCACUGAAGCACCUUACAAAGACACUUUAUGUUGGUUUUUCCUUUAAUUUGUCACCCAUCUCUCUCUCUCUCUCUACAUAUAUAUAUAUAUAUAUAUAUAUAUAUAUAUAUAUAUAUAUAUAUAUAUAUACAUGUACAGAUAAAAUUUUUCCUUGUUUCCUGGAUAGAAGCAGAAAGUAGCCCAGAGCCUUUAUCCCAGAGUUGUUAAAGAGAUUCAGCGCCGAUAGACAGCCAGUCUGUAUCGUGAUUAAAGACAAUCAAUAUGAUUCUGAUGAAUGUGUUAAAUUAAAUGUGUAGGGUACGUUAACCGAGGCAGCCCUGCUCUCAAACAGCCCCCAUCUCGUGAGGUUUUUUUCUCCCCUGUGCCUCAACAACUGAAUCUGAAAAGACGCAGCAGACAGUUUCAGAGGAAGGGAAUCGUCUUUUUUUUUUAACAGAGGUGAAGAUGUUUUAGAGCUCGGAGACUUCAGUGUGAGUUCUUUGAUACUUUAUAAGAGAGGUUGGCUGAUUUGUACUGUGCAAGUGUGUGUGUGUGUUUUUGUGUGUGUGUAUUUGACCAAAAUGGCCAUCACCAGACUCGGUGGGAACAGAAACCAAAAGAGGGAAGCUUGAUCACCUCCUGACUAGAAAAUACUAUAAGAAAUCGGAGACUUUAUUUAUUCAGUUUAAUGUGUGUGUGUGUAUAUAUUUUUGUCGAUGAAAGGGGGGCAAGAAAUAUGAAUUUUAUUUUCCUCAUUAUGAGAUUUUACAUGUUUAAUGUACCUUUGCAUCAGUGGUUAUGUUUGGUUUUUUUGUUUUUUUUUUUAAAAUCAGAUCUGGGAGAAGGGGUCACUCAGUCACAGCAACUUAAACAUGUAUUGUUGUUUGUAUUUCUGUAGCCAAACACUCCGCUCAAACCUGGCAUCAAGCAACGUUUGUCACUUUCAUUGCAAACAAAUCGUUGUAUAUUACAGUUAUCACAAAGCAUGUUUUUCAGAGAACUGCACACACUCCAGGCAUAUCUUACUGUACAUUCUGAGGAGGUUUUAAAGGAGAAAUCUAUCCCAAAACUCUAAAAUGUUGUGUCUUUUAAUGGAUAUUUUUUGUCUGAUUUAUAGGAGAACCACAGUGGUGUUUAAUAGAUGUUUUUUUGUGAUUUACAACAUGAAAAAGUAAAUGAUACAUCAGGUUUUUGUUUUUAAAAUCAUCAUCACUCGUGUCUUCUUAUUUUUGCGACAUGACUGAUUUAUACACUAACUACUACAUAUACCAGAAUGCAAUGCAGCCUCACAAAACUUUUCAUUUUAGUCUCUCAUCUUCGCUGCUCUGCUGUCAGCAUCGCCGCUCAAAAAACAUGAAUCACAGGUGAAUCCAACGAGCUCUCAUCUGCUCUUUAAAUGUUGUGCAAGGGGAUUUUGGGAAACGUAGGACAUCAGGAGAAGGAGUAGACAACACACGCUGAAGGGAAAUGGGUACACUGAAAACAGUUUAAUUAAAACAAGCAUCUCAAAAAGACAGAUCGUCACAAAUGGAAGAGUUAGUAAAGGUGGAUUUUUUCUGUAAUGUUGCUGCUUUAUGAGAUCAACAACAUCAGAUUCAAACAUGUUUCCUAAUCAUUUAAUUCAGCUUCUGUCAAUGAACGAACACUGUGAAAUUUUGUGAAAGUAAAACUACUGAAGCACUGUUUUGGUUGUACACACUCACACACACACACACACACACACAAAUCUGGUUCAGCUUAUCAUUUGUCUUCUUCAACCAACACAAGCACUCCUUCUGUCCUAAAACAGGAAUUAUCAAGCACUUCUACUUUGUCAGUAUGAAUCUGAAACAAAGGGUGUGACAAAAAUGAUUGUUUCAUUUCUGUUGUUGGAUUAAUUGGAAUAGUUUUUUUGGAUGUUUGAGUCAUCUCAUUUUCUUUCUUGGGAAAGUGUAUUCAUUACAAGUCUUUGCGGGGAAAAAGUAAAAUGAACCAACUGUACUUUUGAGUGAGUAAAUUUCAUGCUAAUCUGAUGAUACAACUAAAUGGAAAUAUACAUUGUGUUUUCAAAUUGCCAUUAACGUAAAACUGUAGCCGAAGAGUUUUCUUGUCAAAUUAACACAUAAAUAGCAUUUGAAGAAGGUACCUGGUGUCCUGAAGUAGCAGGGAUAGUUGAUAUAUUUUUGCAGAGGCACAUAGAAAUCUUUAAUUGCAUCUUUAUAUCACGUGUUUUGAGUAUGAGACAACUUUCUGCCAAAGACACAAUUGGUGAUAAUCGACAUUUAGACAUUUGCUUGAUGUGUUGUGUUGUGGGGCUGAUGUGUCGUAGGUCUUUUGUCCUUUCAACGGUAUGCCAAUAAUUUUUCCUCAAGUUGCAAUUAUUUGAGCUGAACUUUGUCAGUUUGUCUUUUACAUCCAGCUUAUUCAAGUCGUGGUCAGCUUCUUUUAACCCCCAAAAGGUUAAAGGUCGUUAACAGAGGCUGUGAGAGCUUGUUUCUCAACGCGGUGCAACACGGUGUGCCUCACACUGCCUUAAAAACACUUCAGUCUGAGUCAGUUUACCUGAUCCUUCGGUACGUGGCGGUACAAUUCUUUUUUUUCAAUUUUUUUUAAAAACUGGAAAAUGUUAAUAAUUACUCCAACUUAAUUCCAAUUUCAUGACAUCUGAAAUCACAGCAGACUGGAUUUUUUGUAUAAUUAUCAGCAGAGUUAAAUCUCAGUGGGUGAGCCAAAGUUAGCAACUAGCUAAGAAGAAAAUCUGCUGCUUUUGAUUGGUAUUCAUGAUUGUUAGGCAAGUUUGAGAUGUUGUGAUCUAAUAAUGUUUGCGUUUUAUGUGUGGUUCAUUUAAUGACAAACAAAAACUUAAUAAAAUCUAAUUCUGAACAGUCAGCUAAUGCUCAGAGUAUUGACAGGUUUUCAGCAACAAAUUACUCAGGAGGCUAGCUAACUAGCUAGUUUGAAUUUAGCCGAUGUAUUGAGCCAAAAAGUUGCCACAACUCAGGGUGUUCUUAAUUUUGAAACAUAGCAUUUUUCUGGGAUUUAAUGUCCAAAUUCACAUGACCAUGAAGUAAAUGGGUAUCUGCUGACCUGGAUGCUGAAGCUCAAAAAACAGCAUCCAUGAAACUUUGACCACAUGCUAAUGGCUAACCACAUUUGAGACCUCAGUCUUCCUUAUGCUAAUCCAUCAUUUGGUCACAACCCAACGCAACAGUUAAAUUGGUGGAAAAGUUAAAACCUUUUUUUUCACCCGCAGAUUUCUUCCUAAAACAUAUUUUUAUGGUCUCCCUCAAAUAAUAAAACAUUAACCUGGGACCAAACCCAAGUUUAAAUCCAGCAUUUCCACUCAGUAGCAAAUGGAGCCUGUGGCUAAGUAUCAGAUUUCAACUUUGGUUUCACCCCAGGGAAACAUUGUGUAAUUUUGGGAAAACUGCAGGCACCUGUGAGCUCAUGAAAAUACCUUUAAAGAUACUGCUGAUAAAAUGUUUUUACUUUUCCUCUCAGGUUUAUUGAAAGAACUAAGAAUAAGAACGAAGACAAUCACAGGAAUGUAUAGAGAGCUGAGGUCACAUGGGGGUAGGACUGCACAGCAAUAAUGGGAUAUAAUGUCAUUGUUUUGUUCAAAUUUUCUAUCCAGUUCAGGCCCUUUAUCAGAAAACACCAGCAACAUGUUUUUAGAGAGACUAUUAAAAGCAUAAUCCCCGAGAGUAAAAGCUCGUAGUAAGUGACGAAAAUAGCUUUAUUUUGAAACCUACAUGUGUUUCACCCACUGAUGUUUAACACUUCUGCAAACAACUUAUGAGAAUUCCUCUGAUUCUUAGAAAAUGUCUCUGUCUGUGUCAUCUAUCCAAGAGCCAAUCAUUGAGUUCAGAAGAUUAAAACAGCCCAGACUCUUCCUGUUAUUAAGAAUGCAAGCCACAAAGGCCACAAAUUUGCCAAAGUUGCCGGCUGAGUAACUGUCGCAAUGCUGUUACUGACCCAGAUUUCAUAAUCAUUUCAUCACCAUCUGCUUAAUAUGACAGUGUAUUUAUUUAAUUUCACUAUCACCUCUGUACAGAAACAAACAAAUGAUUAAAAAAAAAAAGCUUAAGGAACUUCUUGUCUCACCGUUCUGUUGCCUUUACCUUCAUCUUUUAAUGACUGUACUGGAUUUUUAAAAAGUUCAUUCCUGAAUAAUUUUUGACAAACACACACACACACACUCCCAUUUCAACAGACUAUUUUUGUUCAUUUUCUUGAUUUUUAUGGCUGAGAUUGUUCAAAUGUUCAAAUGUGUAGUUUUUGUUUAUGCCUGUGUACAUGUUGGAGUUUCCCCACCACCACCACCUGCUUUAAAUUGUUGUACUGGGUUCGGGUUCAUUAUGUGUGUGUGUAUAUGUGUGAGUGAAUACUUGUGAAUCAAGUCUUGUUAUUAUUUUUUUUUACCUCAGAAAUACUGUCUGUAAUUGUGGUAAGCAACAAUCUUUUUUUUAUUUGUCAUAAAUUCAAUUUGGGAACAGAGCGAAUGGAGCGACUGGUGUUUGGGGGAAAUAUAAACCAAUUGUCCUUCAUUCUCUCUGGCAUGCUUUAACUUAAAAAAACAAACAACAACAGAGAAACAAGGUGUAAAUACUGUUUUAUAAUUUCUGUCUUAAUGAGUUUUGAAGAUGAAGAAAGUUAUUAAUAAACCUGAGAUAUAUUUCUCUAUGGA